AUGACCGUCGCUCACCGCGAAUCCACUGGCAAUGCCGUCCGCGCGUCAGUAUACGAUACUAUCCUUCAGCUCGGACUCCUCGAGAAGAAUAGCAUGAUGUCGGACUGGAUGUUUGAAGGUACCGCUGGUCCAUCCACCCAGAAUCCCGAGCCGAAGGAGGAAGAGCUGUCGACGGAUACAGAGUCGGUAUAUUCGAGCCCCAGUAUGAGAGAGGGUGUUACUACCAGUGCCAGUGAGCCCGUAUCUCCUUCCGAAUCCCCGUCUCCGAAGAAGUUCUUCAAAGCGAUGAGGUUGAAAUUUUCGUCCAACAAGAAAGCACCGUCUUCGCAAGACUCCGUGCGGUACGGCAGCCAUGCAUCCAUACACUCCACGAUACCAUCGUUCAGACGUCGACCGAAACUCGAUACCCUUUCUUUGCAGCAGCUAUCCGGCUCGCAUGAUAAGGGUAUACACCAUGGUGCAGAUACUUCGAGGCAUGAGGCAUCCGGCUGGAGUCCCAUGCAAGGGAAGCCAGUUAUACGACUCCACGGGAAUGAUGGGCUAGACAAAGAUGGAGAUGGACGUUCGUCGUCAACGGAGGAUUUGGGUUUGGGAUGGGAGUUGGUUCCAGAGACGGCGAAAGCGGCGGCAACGGAGUUGAGUCCAAAAGGCGAUGUAUCUUCAUCAGCUACACAUGGCCUACAUCAUAUGGAGCAUCAUGAUAAGCCUGUGGAGCUGGAAGCGAAAUCGAUCAAUGAAAGCGGCGGCGGGAAGAGAUUUUACCGUUCAUUUUCAUUUGUUGGUCCUCGUCGAAGUGCCAGCAGUCCCAAGAAACCCAAACCGUUGCGUAGACCAAAAUCGCUACGUCCCGAUCCCAGCUCGUCGCAGUCGAGUCCAUUUAGACCUCCUCGGUUCUCUCCCACCAUCGAGGUUCCUGAUGGUGAUAAUAGUGACAGUGACACGUAUAACCUUCCGUUAUCCGCAUCGAGCGCUGAGGACCCUCCCACACCGGAUGCACUGCUUCGUGAAUACGCAGCAGGAAGACGUCCGUUGUCAUUUUCCUCCCAAAUCCAAACAGGAAGGCAUCAUUCAGAUGAAGAUCCUUUUUCAGCCGCCCCCUCUGCCUCAUCAACGGUGCCAGUAACGCGGCCCCUUUCUUUUAAUGGUUCAUACUUAGCAGUGCCCGGGGUGACCGCCACCGUGCAGAGAUCAGCUUCGGCUAUCCACCAGAGAGGCCGCCAGGUUCCUUUCCCAACAAAUCCAAUCUUCCCUGUCCCGCUCUCUGUUGCUGGUUCGAGUGGUGACCAGAAACUCGGGAGGUCGAGAGAUCUCUAUAGGCAGGAUUUCGAUGUUGCAACGGGCGAGAGCAUCAUUUUAGGCGACGCGAACAUAGGUCGUCGUAGAUACAGGAUACGCCAGCAGGACACGGGAUGUUAG